UAUUUUCCGUCUUCAGGAUCACGUCCUGUCCUGUGAAGUGAGUGUUUUUUUUAACAUGUCGGGUAACCCGCCGUUUUCGAAUCAGCAACAAGGCGGCCCGCAGCAGCAAGGCAUGAACGUCAAUUACCAGAACCAGUAUGGCCAAGGAGGCCAGUUUGGCCAGUAUUCUCCUGUGGCGUCUCAGCAAGCCUACCAGAAUCAGGGCCAGCAGUUUCAAGUCGUUCGUGGCCCGUUUCCGUCCAAUCCCCAGCAGUCGCCUCAAUACAGCUUUCAGGGCAACUGGCAGCAGUCGACGCUUAGUCCGCAGCAGCAGGUUUAUUCCGCUGGAAACCCGCAAAUGAUGGGAGGAAACGCCAUGCGGUUUCAGAAGCCGUCUCCGCAACACCAGCCCUCGUUUAUCGCGUCUCAGAACAGUCCUGCGUCUGCCGGGUUGCAGCAGCAACAGCAAAGACCGAUCCCGAGUCCGCAGCAGUACCAGAGAUCGCAAACCCCGUCUGAUUCUGGCCAGCACGUGAUGACGUCUGGGCCAAUGUCGAAUGCCCCGCUGGCGUCCCCGAUGCCGUCGCAGCAACAUUCCCAGCCGCACACCCCGCAACCGCCGCCGUCGGUGGAGCAGAAGCCGCCGUCAGUCUCCUCUGUGCAUCAGUCGCCGAUGUCUCAGGGCCCAAUGACGCCAGGUAGCCAAAGUGCGCAUUCGGGACAGUUCCCUUCGACACCAGCAACUGUUGCUCCCGCCACUCCGCAAUCGAACAACACUCCAGUUCAUCAGUUAAUGCAGCAGCAACAGGCUCCUUUGCAGCAACACCUGACCAUGUGUUGUAGGUUGGGCCAGGAAAGUGUGGUGGAAAUCGUCACUCGUGGCACGGAUCUGCUGAACACGCUUAAAUCGUUCCAGAUAAUUGGUGGCGUGCCUCAAGCAAAUGCAGGAAUAGCAGAGAAGAAAGCAAAGGUUGCCGAGAGUUUAAAGUACUUGAGCCAAGUAUUCAAGAGGCUCCGGGUUUGCUACGACCGGGUUGCGUCAGCGUCCUUGGAACUGGGCGAGGAUUUUGAUCUCUCCGAUGCCUUGCCUAUACAAGGGAAAAGUGAUAUUCAGCCGGGCACUGAGAAACGCAAUCAUGAUUUCAUCCGACAAGCUUCGGAGGAACAUCGGGAACUAACCGAGCAACUGGUGACGAAGAACCGGCAAUUGAAGGAGAUAAUAGAUGUGAUGCGGGGCAUGGUUAAUCGUCCUUUCGCGUCGUUUUAUGGUGUGGUGUCCGGAGCUGUUGGUAUAAUGGCGCAGUUCAAUGUCAAGAAGUUUGUGAACGAAGCUGGAACUCUGCUGAAUCGUGCGGUUCAGUACACCGAAGAAAAGUUUGGCACCUCUGAAAAAACUGAGCUUGACGCUCACUUCGAAAACCUUGCUCAUCGAGCGGAUUUGACGAAGAAAUGGACCGAGAAACUCGUUGCCGAUGCCCAAUCCGUGAUCAUUCCGAACCCUGGGAACCGAGUGGAGGAUUACUUGACCGAGAUGAUCGAGAAGCGGAAGCCUAACCGCAUGAGUAACCUCGAAUGGCUCGGGAUGGACAUGAUUUCGGCGGGCAACGAAUACGGGCCCGGUACUUCUUUCGGGAGUGCUUUAUUGAAGGUGGGCCAGUAUGAGCAGAAACUCGGUGCCGCCGAGCGUGAGUUCAUUUCCAACGCUGCUCAAGGCUUUGUGCAUCCCAUGCAAAAAUUCCUGGAUGGGGAAAUGAGGACCAUAGUUCGGGAAAGAAAAAUGCUGGAAACGAAGCGCCUGGAUUUGGACUGUUGCAAGAGCAAACUUCGCAAGGCUCGGUCUUUGGAGGCCCAACAUAACCUGAAGGAAGGCAUUGAUCCCAAGCAGAUGAUUGCGGAGGCUGAACGAGACUUGAGAAACGCCCAGUACGAGUUUGACCGGCAAACGGAAGUGACGAAGCUGUUGUUGGAGGGAAUCAGUUCCGCUCAUACGGGCCAACUGCAUUCGCUUAAUGAUUUCGUCGAUGCCCAACUGCGUUACUAUGCCCAAUGCCACCAGUUACUUCAGGACUUGAGCAGGGAACUGAACAGUUUGACGCUGGGCACCGGAAAUGUGGACGAGCCGGUGUCGAGUGGAGCCGGCGGCGACGGGAAGAAGACAAAGAAGAAGGCGAGAGUGUUGUACGAUUACGACGCCAAGGACCCGACGGAACUGAGUUUGUUGGCUGACGAGGUCAUCACGGUGUUUGGAGAGACGGCGACGGCCAAGGACGACUAUGUGCCGGCCGAGCGGGGCUCGAAGCGUGGGAAAGUGCCGACCAUGUAUCUCGAGAUGCUUGAUUAGCUUGAUUCCUUUGUUUCCUUUCUUUAAUUCUUGUUCAAGAAGCUAUGUUUAUUUUUUUGGUCCCGUUUUGUUGUUGCGUGUGGCUCAUUGUUCGUAUCCAUUCAUUCAUUCGUUCGUUCAUUCCUGAUGGCAUGGGUUUCUGCAUUGCUUCGUCGUGACAGCAACGUGUUUGGUUCUGAUGAUGAUGAUUAUUAUUAUUGUUUUUUUGCGCUUCUUAAUCGAAGAUGCCCUGUUUACGCGUUGAAGUGACGUUUCAGUUUCCGAAUUGCCUCGUUGAAACUUGGAGAGAACCUCAUCACGAAAUUUUGUUUUUGCAUCCCGAAUCCGAGUAGAGUAUGACGAAGCUAGAAAAAAUUGGGGCGCUGCUUAUUAUUUGCGUGCAAUCUGCUAAUCCAUGCGUUGGUCUGAAAAUACUGUAUGCGCCGUAGAACAUCGAUUUACCGCUGAGCAUAGGUUCAAGCAUAAUCAGACUUGUAUGCAGAAAGUUUCAAGUGCAAAUGUGAGAAAACAGCAUCUGCCAAUUCUUUUGGACGAUUUCAAAUGAAGUGGGGAUCCGAAUUGUCAAUUUCGCACGAGAAAAAAAAAGAUGAGCCAUAAUUGAAAUUUUGGUAUCAUUGCUCGCAGUUCGAUGUUAUAUUUCGAUUGGGAAUUGGUCCACAUUUUAGAAAUAAGUUCCGGAAAAGGCAAAUUUGCGGAUCUCUUUUUUGUUGUUGCUCAAAGAAGAUUUUUUUCACUGUUAAUUCAUUGAUUGCCAUUUUUUUGUUCCAUUGGUUUUUGAACUCCUAAACAACGCGUUGAAUCUCCCAAGUUUCAUGAGCAGGUGAUGCGAAGCAUCGAACUCUGCGUCAGCAGACGUGAAGUUCGUUUUGAGGUGGAAAUUUGUUGGUUGCAUGUAAACCAAGUUCGUCUUCUGAAAGCUCCAUCGAACUACUGUACUGGAAAAUAUGGAAAAGAAGUGUGCUUUAUACCUUCCGGUGGGUCGGAAGCGAGCCUUGAAGGGACACAGUGAGGAAUUUCUUUUUUUCUUUUUUGCUGCUGUUCGUAAUGUAAUCGCCGAAACAGACAGGAGUUGCGGCUUCUUCUGUGUUUCAUAUCACGGGAUGAUUCCAUUUUAUCCAAUCAUGGACUUGAUAUCCGACUGUUGAAAACAUCUUCGUGUCUUUUUUUGUUUAAUUUGGCUUCCUUUGUGGUGCUGAAUUUUCGGUUGAUGUCAUUCAGCGGUUUGGGAAAGCUCGUCUGUCACGGACUUUGAUCUUCGUUUUGUGCAAUGCUGCGGAAAGCCACGAGACACUAUUACUGCCGAUUCCAUUGUUUUUAGGAUCAAACUUUUUUUCCUCCAAAAUUAAUGGGUGUUCAUUUUGAAGAAUUCAUUUGCCUUCAUGGAUGUGGGUUGUCGAAAAAAGGCUACUGUGCAGGGAACAAUUUUGAAGCUAUUGAGAAGAAUUUUCCUAAUUUAUCACUGACUUUUAGCUCUUAUGAGGAUCAAUCUCACAGGCGUACCUUGCUGGGUUCUCGUUAUACAUUUGCAUGAGAUUGUAUGAGCUUACAUUCCAUGCAGAUUUCCAGGUUCGAGUCAUUUUUUGAAAUCUUCACGUAGUAUACGCCGCUUAAGAUUUUAAUUUUUUGUGUUUCGUCAAAAAUUGGCCAAGGAAUUGCUAGAUUUUCCCAUGCAAAGUAAUUUUUUUUGACAUCCUGCAAUAUCUCUGAUUUGGUUUAAAAUGUUAUCCGUUGCUGACUGUAAGCAUUGAUUCGCUGCUAAAAUCCCUUUUGUUAAUUUUCGUUCACGAUAUCAUGUAAUGUUUGCACAGUCCGAUACCAGUCAUCAAUUCUGCGAGUGUUCGACAUAAGAGAAGUAAUGAAUCAGAAGUGCGCGAAUGGCGAACGAUUUUUAAACCGAAAUUUGAUCGAAUGGCUUCCGGAUUAUGAUUUUUUUUUCAGUAGUAGAACUGUGUGAGUCGUGAUUUCGUUCGUUUCUCGAAUUUUUUCAGUUUUCCCGAGGAACCCGUUUUGUGAUGAUUCACGAGAUAUUUUGAACCUGUGGUACUUGUUUUGAUUUUUUUAUGAUCUGCUACGGAGUUACUUGGCCGUCCAGCACUUCUUGUAAAUUUCACCUAGAUGGUUCAAUUUUUGUUUUCAUUUUGGAAUGGGAUUAGGCUUCCUUUUAUUUCUGUCUUCAUCGCUGAAAAAUAUCCGGGGACAAGAAGGUGUACAGUUGAUUGUUGAUUCUUGCAUUUGGAAAAAAAAAGAGAAAGUUAUUAAUUGUUCACUGGCAUUGUAUUUCUGCGCAUUCUUCGCGGUUUUAUCAAUUUGAGCGAACAGUUACGUCAGCAGACUGUAUAUGGAAGUUUAGAUGUGAUUCAAGCUUGAUUUUAUCCCCCUUUUUGCGGAAAAAAGGGCGUUUAUUGAAGGAAAAAAACAAUUGGGAUCCGUUGGAUUUGAAUUCUUGGUGCGAGGGUGCAAUUUUUUCAGAUACACACGUGAUACCAUGCCAUUA